CUACGUUCCGGAGCAUUGUCACUCGGACACGUCGUGCCGGCAAUGAUUGCCGAACGAUUCCAAAGAUGCAGGUAACGAUACCGUGCCAAUUGUUGCCUCCACGCAGUUCACUCGCGCGCUUAUCGGCUAUUCGGUGCGGCCGCGUCGCGCACGAGAGACUCGUCUAUGACGUGGGAUAGCGUCGUAAUAGAACUCUCCCGUAUCAAACCAGUUUAUUUUCGCCCGUAACAAUUUGACGAAAUCACGGGGAAAAAAAUCAAGCGGAAUCGCGGCGCAGUAAUCUUCUCUGACGCUCUUGACAAAUAGCCGCGCAUGGGUCGAUUGGCUUUCAUCUUCAUUGGACGUCCGGCCGGGAUAUAAUGGGUCGCGAUGCGGAAACGCUGUCUACGCGACUCGUCCACUUGGCGCGUGAGUAGCAGUACGGCAUUGUUAUCGCGCGCGCGCGUCCGUGUGUAUAUGUAUCCGUCGUCUCACGCGCUAUACGAAUGAACGCCACCUGCGCAGUAGCGCUCCGUCUCUCUCUCUCUCUCUCUCUCUCUCUCUCUCUCUCUCUCGCUCUAAUAAAAAAAACAACCGCGUGAGCGUUUACCAAUUUAUAUGUCGUCCUAUUAGCCCGCAACCCACUCCAACUUGCCUUUCUUUUUCGCGUGGGCGCUGGUAAACGGCUCGAGUGGCUUAUUUCGCUUCCAUAUAGUGUUUCACUUUUUCUCCUCUCUCUCUCUCUCUCUCUUUCCGUUGCGAAACGGCGUACGUAUAUGAUUCGAUUUAGAUGGAAAUCACGGUUUGGCGUGGAAAUUCUUUAUGGAUUUUUUGAGUAAACUAUCUGCUCAUUGGGUGGGCUUAAACUUUAUUUCGCUUGGUUUGCAAGUAUUCAAUUAUAUUAUUGUCUUCUCACAAGAACAUGGACUGCGUAUGCUUAUUUGGAAUAUCAAUUGGAAUUAACAUCACGAUCAACGCGUUAAUUGAAAACAAUUGGAACAAUACACUUAAUCAGGUAGUUCAAGUUUUUCACUCUGACUAAAUGAAAAAGAUAAGUAUAAUGUGCCACGAUAAAGCACGUCGACAAAGAGUCCCCUAAGUAAUGAUUACUCUGGCAAGCUCCUGUAGACAUGUAACCGAGAAUCCGUAGAGCCAACUUUUAAUCGCGAUAUCUCCGCCAGGAAAGAGAUAAAGUUAUACGGGCACCUACCUAUCCGAGAGAGAAAGAGAUGAAGCUAGGUUAGGUAUAUACAUAUAUGUACUCACAGGUGACGAGUGUAAGAGAUAGGUGGAGAGAGCGCGUGAGUGAGAGAGAGAGAGAUACUUGACGUGUGCGCUGCCCGUCGAGUCGAGUUCGUGUGUUAGCUGGAUUAAAUAUCCUCGCGGCAUAUAUACACACGUAGAUUUACGAGAACAAUAAUCCUUGCGUGGAUAAGGCACAUAGGUGCGCCUCGACAUUCUUCUCUCUCGUUCUUUCCUGCGAAGAAGGGAGCUCUCCGUGAAAAUGCGAUAGAACAUACCAGCUGCCUAUAGACAGAGAUUACAGUAAGCAGAGUAGUCCACGGAUUUUCCAGAUCUUCAUUAUGGCUAUUCCACCCUUAGUAAGUUCAACUCCACCGCCUUUGGACAAUUUUGGAGAAUCUGAUGAUGAUGAGUUUGGAGAUUUCACAGCAGCUGGAAUCGAUGGAUUGUCACUGGCAUCAGAUUCUCCGCAAAAAAUUUUAUCUCCAGUGCCCACGCCAACACCUUCUCAAUGUGGUACACCAAAAGUCAAUGGUAUAACAAGUACCUUGUCAAAACUGGUUAUAUGCAAGGAUGAUGAGAUCAUCAGAAAAGAAACUAAUGACGAGAUUUUGAUUGUGGAGAAAACUAAUGACACAGUGAGCCAGAUAAAUUUAGAGGAUAGGACAGAUAGUGAUAGAAGUAAAAACAGUGACUUUGAUAAUGAUUUACCUUGUAUUAGCAGCUUAGACAUGCUUGAUAGCAAUGAUGUGAAAAAUUUGAGGAGCAAUAGUGGUAGUUUAAGUCAUCGAGGUGAUAUUCAAAAAAGGAUUAUUAAUAAUGAUGUAGUUAGUAGUAACAAUAGUAGCUUAGAUGAUAGUGGUAAAACAGGAAGUGAAUUGGAAGAUUCGUUAAGCAAUUUAGAGAUUAAUGAUGAGCCUGAACCUUUGAGUUUAGUUCUAGAUGACCCAAACAGCAUUUCAGAUGCACAGCAAAAUCUAGAAGAUGAUUUUUAUGAGUAUGACGAUUUUAAGGAUCCACUUGAACAAAAUAGUCCUGUUAGAAAUAAAUCAAUUGAAAAUCAGACAAUUCACAUUAAUGAGCAUUUUCAAGAAACAAAAGUACAAAAUGAUUUAUUUACAAAGUUUGAUGUGUCACCUAUAGAACAGAGUAACGAUAAUAGUGAAUCUUCAUCGUCUGCUAAUGAUCAUAUGCAAACAAAAACAAGCACUGAUUCUGAUACUAUCAAUAACACUAAUUAUGAUUCUGAAAAUACUUUAGAAAUAUCACAUUUUUCUCUAGAUAAAAAUGAACUUAGACCUAGAGAAGAUGAAUUUCAGACAUUCACAAGUUAUCAAUUUGAAGGUUUGCUGAGAGAAACAGCUAUUAAUGAAAUCAAUUAUGAUGGGAAGGAUGUGAAUUCUAAACCAGCUAAUUUUAGCUUAAGUUUUGAUGACUCUAUUGAAGAAAAAUCAAAUUUAGAUUGUGAAUUUGUAAAUAAUCUAGACAAUUCUAAUAAUUGUAUUAUAAAUGAAAAUGUGAAUAGUUAUCAAAAAUCAAAAGUAAAUUUUGCUGAUUUAAAGACUGCUGAUACAGUUAAUGACGAUUAUUUCCAAUCUACAAAUGCCAAGAAUAUUCAAUAUGCAAUUUACAACAAUGAUGAUGUUGGAACUUCUGAAAAUGUUACUAGUAUCAGUCCGAGAGAAGAAAUUGACUGUGAUUUUAAUGACUUUCAAAAUCAACAAACGCUUCAUGAAGAACCAGUAUUUCAAAAUGGUUUUGAUGACUAUGAUAGUCUGAAAUCAAAUCAAAUUAAUGACAAAUCAGGUGAUCAUACCAAUGAUAGCUUAAAUGAUUUUCAAUCUCCACUGCCCAACUUUGAUGUUGAUUCUGUCAAUAAAAACAUUCAUGAAGUCAUGUAUAAUAGGUCUAGUACAUUUGCUAUACCUGAAAAAUCAAUAAAAGUAGAUAAUGAAUUCAUGGAUUAUCAAGCUGGAAAAAUGGAUAAAAGUGAACAAUCUGAAACUUUCCAAUCAGCAAUGAAUGAUAUGGAUGACGAUUUUGGCGAUUUUGCUGAUUUUUCAUCUGCUCCCAUAGAAAAUGUUCAUAUAAAUAUAGAUAAUAGUCAAAAUCUUGCAAAAUCUGAACUUAAUUAUAUCAAUGAUGACUCAAUGGAUGAUUUUGAUGAUUUUGCUGAUUUUGAAUCUUCCGCACCUGUAGUUGAUAGACUGCCUGUUAGCUUAAAAGAAUCUAUAAGUCAAAUAGAAAACAAAAAUGCAGCAAACAAGAUUGAAGAUAUAGUUAGCAAUAUGUUCCCCUCCUGUACCGAAUAUCUAGAAACAAAUUUACACCCUUUAAUAUCUAAGCAAGACGAUAUAUGGAACAAUUUGAAAAGCGUUGAAGAAACUAAUGCUCUAAGUUACCAAUGGUCAAAUAGUAGUAGCAACAAUGCUCUAUUAAACGCUCUAGGCAUUGAUUCACGUAAUAUUUUAUUUGGACCAAGGUGGAAUCCCAACAUUCCAAGAUUUGCAGCUAAUUUAGGUUUUUCACCAUUAGAGCCUGUAAAAGCUUCUGCUGAGGCAUUUAUGAGUAUGCCGCCUACUUCCACAAAAUCACCAAACUCGUCCGCUACCGAGGAAAUACCUGCUGCUCAAUUCGAUUGGAAUAGUUCAGGACUGGUAAAUCCAUUGGAUGGAAACCCUCCAGAAACUAGUUCCUCGCAAGACUUCAAACAAUCACAAUCAACAAAGUCACAGAUAUCGGCUAGCCACCAAAUUAGCAGUCCACCAAAGCCACAAAAGCAACAACAAAUGCAAACUUCUAGAAUAAUUGAGCCGCUGCCCGGACCAAGUACUAUAGACUGGAAGAAAGCAGAUACAGAAUCAAGAUUACGAAGUGAAGUGCAGAAGACUUCGAAAGUUUCGCAAACUACAAAUAAAUCGUUCCUCGCAAGCAGUGCUGCUUCUAGCAAGCUAGAUGCUGCAAGACCUGAUAGUAGUAGAUCCGAAGUGUAUAGGUACGAACAACAACAUCGCAAAUCUUCGCUCAACAAAAGAGAACAUUUACAAAACCCGGAACAUGUGGUAUUAGAUAGGUACGGUCGCCCGAUGACUGUUUGUACAGAUACAAUGAAAGUAUUGAAACAAUUACCGGAUAUAUCGUUUCUGAGUGCAAGAAUGCUGCUUCUCAGUCCUGAACAGAAACAAGUCGUUCCGGAUCUUGGUGCAAUGAUCAAUCGUAAAAUGCCUGGCUGAGUUACGACGGUCUGAAUACGAGUUUGAAAGGGUAAUCAAUAUCUUUGAUCAGUUUGUAGAUAGCAAUUUCUUUAGUUUCGAAUGAGUUGAUUUUGUAUAUUCAAAAUAAAAUAGAAAAGAGAUAGGAAUUCUAAAAAAAAUUUGUGUUCAUAACAAUAUGAAAUAAAAGCUAUUAACUAUUAAAAGCUAUUAACUAUUAAAAUCUAUUAUUAUAAAUUUGGUGCAUUUAAUUUUAAUUAGAAAUAAUUUCUUGAAAUCAAAUGAUUUUAGUUUUCAAAUAAGAUACAAAUUAUAAAACAGCAAAAAAAGAUAAUAAAAAUGGAUUUGCUUAUAAUUUCGUUAUUCUGGAAAAAUUCAAUAACGUCGACAUUGCGCAACUUAACGAUUUUAGUAGUUGCAUGCUCUGUGAUUGCGUGUUAGAUUACAUUUUUAUUGUCGUUGAAGACUAAAAUUUCGAUAAAUAAUAUAUUUUUAACGUUGUUAAAAUAAAAUCAAACGAACUAUUGAUAAACUGAAUUUGAAAUACCUUUCAAACCUGCAUUCAGGCCGACAUAACUAGUACUUUUAAGGCGCUAUCCUUACUAAAAAUUGAGUUCGAGCACAAUUAGAUUUUAUUUACAUUCGAAAACUGUCAUAUUUUACAUUCCAUUUAUGCUGUAGAGAUUGUAAGUUUAAGGCAAUUUUACAGAAACAAUGUUAUCAAGUGAUAAGACUUCAAAAUAUUGAUGCGUAUUAAAAUAGAUUGUAUAAAUGUUGAUUUUUGUCAAUUGUGAAACGUAAGUAAGAUUGUCGUAUUUUGUACUUAUCAAUUAUGAAGUAGAAAUCGAUUGGUUAAUUAUUUACUGAUUAAGCAAUUUAAUUGCAAUUUUCGUUGAGUGUAUUACAAUAAAUUUCCAUAUCGAUAUAUUUGAAGCGUCAGUCAAAUUGACGUGUAAUUUUAGAAGAUACAUUUUUACGUGAUAUAUUUGAGCAACAAAGUUCAUAUUUGUCAUAAUUUGUUUUGUAGCAGACCAUUUCGUUAACAAAAUAUAGGAAUUUCAUGUUUCGAGAUUUGGUCUACAUUCUAGUCCGCUAAAAAUGUUGUAUAGUACUAUAUUAUAUUUCAAGUAUUAUGCACAAUUGUUUUAUUGAAGCAGUUAUAAUAUAUUGUUGUUAAUUUUCACUAGGGAAUAUCACACGGCAUCUCAAAGAUCGCUUGCAUAAUUUUCUUGGGUUAUGGGCUUUUAAUAACAUUAUUCUUUGAUAUUGAUACGUAUCUCAAAUAAUUUUACUUACUAUAGAAUCAAGCUUAGUUAAGUAGUACGUUUUAUCACACAGAAAACGCUUGUACUUAAUUGAUUUAAGCAAUGAACGCUACCCUUCAGUCAAAAAAUAAAAAAAAAAAUAAAAAAAGAGAGAAAGUUGAUAACUGAUGCAGAAUGUCAAAUCAGGUAUCUAUCAUUACAUAAUACUAACUCAACAAGUACCUUUCACAAGUACCACAGUGACUUAUUGAGGAACAGUUUUCAAACAUCUAACAAACUUUAUAACCUACCACAUGCUUCAUUAAAGUAUGUAAAAUAAACAAAAAGUUCAAAUCAAUUUUCAGAAGUUAACUGUAGUUCUCUCAUAAUUGAAUACAAAAUAUUAAAUAGAAUAUAAGAAGUGCUUACUGCUCACGUGUAAUUUAAGUUUUCUUCUACAGUAAGAAAUUUAUUACUUUUUUAAGAUAGCUUGUGAUGAAAAAUAACAUUCAAAAGAUACCUUGCAAAUAUGUGAAGAUAUAAUUUUUGAUAAAUCACUUGCUUGUGUACCUUAAAAUAAGUUCAUUUCUGUAAUUAUUCAUGUGCGUACUUAACUGCAUCACUAUCAAUACUUGUGAGCAUUACAAUAUUCAUAAGAUAUUUGUCAAUAGCUACCAAAUAUAUUAAGUUUGUUAUUUAAUAACAAUAAUAUUGUAACAUAUAUUUUAUGUAAAUUAUUGU